UUUACAUCCACCUACACUAGUUUCCCAUUAUUUUAUAUGUAUUUUUCUCUAUAGAAAAUUAUUGUUUAAUAACUUAAUCAACUGUUUUUUCCAUCUUUUUGUAGACCCCUUUAAACGUUUUUGAAGCAUUUGUCUUGAAUACUUUAUUUUCUUAUUAUUUGUUUGAGGAAAAACUCAUGAUUAAGGGCAACAAAAAUCAUUGCUAAAAAUCAUUUUGUACAAAAUGACUCAUGGAGGGUGAGAUAUAAUAAUUCGGAUCCUGACCAGGCUUCGAUACCGACCCGGAAAGGUAUCCUUAUCUAUUUGGAAAAAGAAACUAAUAAAUUAUGAUAAGAAUAGUGAAGAACACAUAAAAGAAAAAGAGUAUUUGAGGAAGCCAACGAAGACAAGGAAGAAAAAGUCAGCAAUGAAGUUUAUGAAACUAGGUUCUAAGCCUGAUACUUUCUACAAUUCAGAGUCAAUAAGGUCAGUUUCCUCUGAAGUUUCUAGUGAUCUUGUAGUUCAAGUAAAUGGAACAAGAUAUUUACUUCACAAGUUUCCAUUAUUGUCCAAAUGCUUAAGGUUACAAAAACUAUGUUCUGAAAGCCCAGAUUCCUCCCAACAUCAAAUAAUCCAACUUCCAGAUUUCCCGGGAGGCACAGAGUCUUUUGAGUUAUGUGCAAAAUUCUGCUAUGGAAUCACCAUCACUCUCAGUGCAUACAACAUUGUAUCGGCCCGUUGUGCAGCUGAGUAUCUUCAAAUGACAGAAGACGUCGAAAAAGGAAAUCUUCUUUACAAACUUGACGUUUUCUUCAAUUCGUGCAUUCUCAAUGGCUGGAAAGAUUCAAUUGUGACACUUCAAACUACAAAAGCUUUUCAUUUAUGGUCAGAGGAUUUGGGUAUCACAAGCCGGUGUAUAGAAGCCAUCGCGUCAAAAGUUCUUUCUAACCCACUAAAGGUUAGUUUAUCACAUAGCUAUUCAAGGCGAGGGAGGGAUAGAGAUGACAUUUCUUGUAAUGGAAGUAAAACUACAAGCAAAGGAUGGUGGGCUGAGGAUCUUUCAGAGUUGAGUAUUGAUCUCUAUUGGAGAACUAUGAUUGCCCUUAAAUCGGGUGGCAAAGUGCCGUCAAAUCUUGUAGGUGAUGCAUUGAGGAUCUAUGCAUCCAAAUGGCUACCGAACAUUUCAAGAAGUCAUGAAAAUGGUGAAACAACGCAUUCGAAUUCCAAAAGUCGUCUGCUUUUGGAAUCGAUAAUCAGUUUGCUUCCAAUGGAACGAACCGCAGUUUCUUGUAGUUUCUUAUUGAAAUUAUUAAAAGCCGCCAACAUUUUACGGGCUUCAUCUUCAUCAAAAACCGAAUUGGCAAAAAGAAUUGGGAUUCAGUUAGAUGAAGCUACGGUUCCUGAUUUGUUGAUCCCGGGUUCAUCAAACGAUAUGAUAUAUGAUGUUGAAGUCAUUAUGAACAUUUUGGAGCAGUUUCUGUUACAAAGUCAAAGUCCACCCACGAGCCCACCACGGGUCAAAGGCAGGUUUGAACGGCAUAGAAGGUCACGGUCUGCAAAUAAUGGUGAUUUUGAGUUGCAAGAAAGCAGGAGGUCGUCUUCUGCGUCUCAUAGUUCAAAGAUAAAAGUGGCAAAACUUAUUGAUGGGUAUUUACAGGAAAUUUCUAAAGAUGUAAAUCUACCAUUAUUAAAGUUCACUGCUUUAGCUGAGGCUAUUCCUGACUUUGCAAGAUUGGAUCAUGAUGAUCUUUACAGAGCCAUUGACAUAUAUCUCAAGUCACACCCAAACCUCAAUAAGACAGAACGGAAGCGCAUUUGCCGGAUACUCGACUGCAAGAAGUUAUCUAUGGAAGUUUGUAUGCAUGCAGCACAAAACGAGCUUCUUCCUUUACGUGUAGUUGUUCAAGUCCUUUUUUAUGAACAAGCACGUACAGCCAUGUCUGGAGGUCAGCUUACUGACCUGCCUAGCAACAUCAAAGCACUAUUAGCUGCCCAAGAUGUCGCAUCAAAAGCACCAGGAUCAAUAAGCACCAAUAGAAGCAUGGUGCAACCUGAAGACCAAUGGAGUGUUUCGGGUUUCAAGUCACCAAAAUCUAAUCUUUCCACAUUAAGAAUGAAAUUAGCAGAAGAUGACGAUUUGGAUGAGAAUUUUCAUGAUGGGCUCUCCAAAGCUAACUCGUCAAAGGUGAAGCAACUUUGUUCACUUCCUAAUCGACCCAAACGAAUGUUUAGUAAGCUAUGGUCUACCAACAGAAGCGCAAGCGAAAAACGCUAGAUGAACCAACCAAAAAAAAAAAAAAAAGAACUUCACAAGGGUAAAUCUCUAUUUUUAUUUUAUUCAUCUUUUUUGGAAAAAUGUCUUGUAAUCGUUAGGAAAAAAUGAAAUUGUGAAUUGUUUGUGUAAUCUAUGGUAAUAAAUAAGAGAAGAAUUCAUUUCCUUUUCUUGAAA